AUGGCUGUUAACAUCCCAGGAGUGAUAGCGAUGUCAUUUUUCUACCUGCUGGUCCUUGGGACCGGCAUCUGGGCUUCUUUCAAGUCCAAAAGGGAACAGAAGAAAAGUUCGGCCUCUGGAAUAGAGAUGGCUCUGCUGGGAAACCGGAGCAUUAACGUGGUGGUGGGGAUCUUCACAAUGACAGCUACAUGGGUCGGAGGAGGCUUAAUUGUUGGCACAGCUGAGAUGGUGUACACGCCCUCAAUGGGACUAACCUGGACUCUCUUGUUAUUAAUGGCACACAGCUCAUCUUUUAUUGUUGGUAGAUGUUUUAUUGUAAAGCCAAUGAGAGACAGAAAGUGUAUGACGAUGCUGGACCCUUUCCAUGCCAAGUAUGGAAAAGUGUUAACAGGUGGACUGUCCCUGGCUUCACUUUGUGUUGACGUGUUCUGGUUGCCCUCAACACUAAUUGGUUUAGGAGGGGUUAUGAGCGUGGUCCUGAAUGUGUCCUUCAGUGUGUGCAUCUGGAUCUCUGCUGCCGUCGCCAUCACCUACACACUGCUGGGAGGUCUGUACUCUGUGGCCUACACAGAUGUUAUACAGCUUGUGCUCAUAUUCUUCAGCUUGUGGCUCUGUGUUCCCUUUGCUUUGAUGAACCCUUACUCCUUGGACAUCAGCCAGACACUGAUGAACAACACCUUACACGCUCCCUGGAUUGGUACACCGGGAGUAAAACAGACCUGGAUAAUGAUUGAUGAUUUUUUAUUCUUUGCCCUGGUGGGAUUUCAGUGCAUCCAUCAGAGGACUUCGUCGGCAUCUUCUACAUCCACAGCCAAGAGAACUUGUUUUGUUUCUGCAAUGAUCUUACCUCUAUUUGGAAUACCAUCAAUUCUGCUUGGGGCAGUUGCUGCCUCCACAGGUAUUAACAUGUUCUAUAUAAUAGGGUAUACUAUGAAAACAGAUGUCUUUUUACAUCUGUGUUUAAAGAACCUGACCUGAAAUGACCAAAGAGUUUAUUACCAGGAACUGAGAAACACUCAAAUAUGUAUAAUCUAUAUCUCUGGAUGUUGAAAACAAUAUAUUUAGUUGUAUUUACAUCGGGUAAAAAAGGGUUGUAGCUUCUAAAUGGCUAAAUAGACAGAAUCAUCAACACAACAUACAAUGGUGUCAUCUGCAUAAAGAUAAAGAUCUGAAGAUGGGUAUAGCUGGUAGUCCCGAGCUGAAAUACACGAUAGAAACAUAGAACCAAGUGUUAUCAAGUUCACCACCAAAUUUCAGAUAAAAAGGG